CAGGUGACGGGCGAUUUUACGCAGCAAUCGUCCACAGCCAGGCGGGGCUGCGCGCGCACUCAUCAGGCCUUACAACAACUACAUGGGGUUAUUUCUGAUGGAACAGGCUGUGGGUAAUUAGACCAAAAAAAAAAAAAAUCCUUAUGUACUGGAACAUUACUGCAAGAUUUCACUGAGGGAAAUCCAUCACAACAGGAAAAGUCGUUUAAAGAAGAAGAGUGGGAAAACCCCGAUGCCUGAUUUGUCCUGAUUAGGAGUCGCUGCUGCAGGUCUUCAGCAUGGCGUGGCCCUGCAUCACCCGCGCCUGCUGCAUCAACCGCUUCUGGAGCGAGCUGGAUAAAGCGGACAUCGCCGUGCCGCUCGUCUUUACCAAGUACUCGGAAGUGGCUGAGGUGCGGCACCUCCAUCCGCAACCCCAACCGGGCCCGUUAGCGCAAUCCCAUCAUCCCAGCGCGGUCGCCAUAGAAACAGAGCCCGCCCACACCGCGCCUCAGGAGUCGGCUGCAGCUGCAGCAGCAUCUUCAGCCGCGCGCGGAGCGUCCGUCACGCGCCAGGACUUCAAAGCCUGGAGGGUCAAACCCGAACCGAGCUGCAAACCCAAAAACGAGUACCGCCCGUGCCAGACACCGUUCGAUAACGAGACGCAGUACCGGAAAGAUUAUAAACCGUGGCCUGUUCAGAAGCGAGGAGAUCACCCGUGGAUCCCCAAAGUCGAGAGCAAGAGCCAGAAGCAGGAGCACGUGACCUCAGAACCGGACACGGGCGUGGAGAAGUGCGAGAUCGAGGAGAGAGUCAAAGAAAAAGAAGAUGCAAAGGAGGAGAAGAAGAAGACACCUGGGAAGAAAGAGGAGGAUGCUGAGACUGGAGAGAAGAAGAAAGUGCAGAAAGCUGGGUCCAGAGGAAGAUCAGUAGCAGAUGCUCUGAACAGGCAGAUCAAGCAGGAGGGAACCUCUGGAAGCUCCUACAGGACGGAGUUCAAGGCGUACGCUGAUGUAAAGCCGGUGAAACCCAUCAAAGCCAAGUCACAGUACAAACUGGCGUUGGAGGAGAAGGCUAGUUUGGAGACGAGCUACAGUGCCACUUAUAAAGGAGAGCAGGCAAAACCAGAGGCCACGGAUAACAAACUGCUGGAGCGCCGCAGGAUACGCAGCCUGUACAAUGAGCCCAGCCUUAAAGAACCCAGCAAGCCAGAGAAGCCCAGUGUGUCCCAUUCCAAACCCAAAAAGACGACAAGCCAUAGUAAAACAGCAAGUAAAGCUAAAGCAAGGCCGAACACUGGAACCCAACCUGCCAAGAAGAAAAGCUCUGUGAGCAAGCUGGAGUUAAAGCCAGACGGAGGAGUCACCAAGAAAAGUAAAGAAAUGAUUAACAGACUGGCUGAGGGAAAAGAAUAGAUGCAAUUCUGUGUGUGAAUUUGGGUGAAAGGAGUCUGUGCUCUGCUGCUAGAAGACUCACUUUUAUUUAAGCCCAAUUUCAGUCUUUUAGGCUUUCAAGUAUGGAUUGUGGAUUGGGAUUUGACAGCUUGCUUUGCCUUGAAUGUGCCAUCAUUGCAUAAUCCAUAAUGAUCUCUAAUCUUUUUACACAAACCUUAAGCUUUAUUGCAUGAAAUUUGCCCUUACCAUAAAUAUGUGAUUAGAAAUGUACUAUUAGAAAUUUGUAGUUAUUAUCAUUGGGCUUUGAUCACAUGACAUUUUUACAAACAAUUAUUACACACCCCAACUGGAUUUAAAUCACAUAUAAUAUGCACUGAUUAGAGGUAUUAAUUGAAUUGCACAUGUAUCUGGCUCCUAGUAGUUUCCUUCCCAGCAUCCCACUAACUAAUUAUUGAAACGGUAUUUCAUAUAGCAAGUACAUCAACAAACACUAACAAUGAGCCAGAUUAAUUAUAGCUUUUAGCACAUGAUAAAAUGAUUAGUGCAUGCACUUCCACGAUCAUAAUUCAUUGCCCAGUGCACUGCUUUUUCAUCAUGUCAUCUAAAGUGCUGCUGAAACAUUAACAAAUCAGGCCCAUAGUCUUUCAGGAUACACACGAAAACAAAAUAAAUGAGUGUUAUAAAAUACAUACACCACUGUUUUCAGACCUUUCCAUCAUAACUUUGUGAGUCUCAAACAGCCUCGCUGUGCGUUUGUGUCCUUGUAGUGUUGAACAUUAAUCCCAUAAAACUGAAUUCUCAAAAGAGUCAACAUGCCAGUGUGAUCUGCUGUGUGUUAUGCUAUGUAAUGAGAAGAAAACAACUCUUUUAGGCUUGAAGCUGCCUGCUAUAGUUAGUUAAGCUGUAUGGGAGAAUGCUGCUAACCGCACCACUGUUUGGUCUCUUAAGGAAUAUGAUAUACGAAGCCAUUUCUGUUGAGAUUGUCAUAAAAAUGUCUGAAAGACUCUUACAGGUGGACGCAUGGCUUUAGUACGAGUCUUCAUUUUUGAUAUCCAUUGUUCUGUCAUUAUCAGCCCAGCCAUGUAAGUCACAAGUUGGGAGAACAUGCAGACUUCUUGGCGCAUCACUCUUGCUGGACUGUCCUCCAAACAUGCUGUGUAUACUUCACUGGGUGCUAUCUUUAAGCUGUGCUGUCCAUUUGAGAAUAUGGUGCCUGAACACACCACCUGAUAUCACUGCAACUGCAAUGUAUUUGUAUGUGUGAUGUUCUUGUGGUGUUCGCUUGCCUUGAAUAAAAUCACUAAAGCAG